AUGUCGAUUACGCCGGCGGCCAUGGCGCUCUGCUGCUUGGCCACGGCCGGCCGGAGGUCUUGCCGCCAUUCAGGACGCAGUGCCGGACGGCACGCACCCGGCGCCAACCACGAGCGCGAAGUCCGCUGGGCGCAGAUCGUGCGCGAGCUUGUGCCGUGCGCGGAGCGGGUGCGCUUCACCUCCUCCGGCACCGAGGCGACCCACAUGGCGCUCCGCCUCGCCCGCGCCCAUACCGGCAAGAACAAGAUCGUGCGCUUCAAGGGUCACUUCCACGGCUGGCACGACCACAUGACCUCCGGCUACACCUCGCACUUCGACGGGGCGCCGACGGCGGGCGUGCUGCCCGACCUCGCAGCCCAGGUGAUCCUGCUGCCACCCGGUGAUCGGGAAGCCACGCGCGCCGCCUUCGAGGGCGACGACGAUAUCGCGGCGGCGAUCCUGGAGCCGACCGGUGGCUCCUUCGGCCUCGUGCCCCAUGUGCCGGAGUUUCUCGGCUUCCUGCGGGAGCUGACGGCGAAGCACGGCGCGGUGCUGAUCUUCGACGAGGUGGUUACCGGGUUCCGCGUCGCCCCCGGCGGCGCGCAGGGGUAUUUCGGCGUCACCCCCGACAUGAGCACCCACGCCAAGAUCAUCGCCGGCGGCCUGCCGGGCGGCGCCGUGGCCGGGCGCAGGGAAAUUCUCGACGACCUGGAUUUCUAUGCGACCAGGGAAAGCGGGCGCGAGAAGAUCUUCCAUCCCGGUACUUUCAAUGCAAACCCCGUCUCCGCCGCCGCCGGCACGGCCGCGCUCACCAUCGUGCGGGAUUCGGACGCCUGCGAGCGGGCAUCGGCCUUCGGCGCGGAGCUCAGGGCCGCGCUCAACGGCGUGUUGGAAGCGGAAGGCGUGCCCUGGUCGGUUUACGGCACCUUCUCCGCCUUCCACCUCUUCAUGAACCCGCGCGGGCGCGCGAUCCGGCCUGCUUCCUUCGAUCCCCUCGACAUCGACUAUGCGGAGCUCAAGGAUCGCCCGCCGGAGCUGGUGAACAAGGUACGCCUCGGCCUGCUGGUGAACGGCGUGGACAUCCAGGGCUGGCCCGGCGGCGUGACGUCGGCUGCCAACACGGCGGACGACAUUUCGGUCACCGCCGACGCCUUGCGCGAGACGAUCCGCAUGUUGCGCCGCGAGGGGGAGCUCUAG